CUGCUGAGUCUUCUAUCAUGGCAUCCAUCCGCUGUGUUGCUGGUGUCCUCCUUUUGGAUGAGGAGGGGAAGCGCCUCGCCGCUAAGUACUAUGAUGAGGGUAAGUUCACCGACCUAGCGAGUGAGAAGAAAUUCGAGAAAGACCUCAUGUCCAAGACGGCUAGACUUAAUAACAGGAAUGAUGUCGAAGUAGCAUUGGUUGACGAAUACGUGGUCCUGGUGCGGCAAUCGAAUGACGUUAUGCUUGCGGUGCUUGCACGGGAGAGCGAGAAUGAUAUCAUGAUGUUGGACUUCAUCACUAGCCUGUAUCAAGUCUUGUGCAACAUAACACAUAAUAACGUGUGCCGUAAGAAAGUGAUCGAGAAACUGGACUUGGUUUUCCUCAUGAUAGAUGAGGCGGUGGAGAAAGGGGUUAUACUGGAGACCGAUUCUGGCGUGAUUACAUCCAGGAUCAAGAUGCAGAGUGAGGAAUCGUCGACUACUGCGAGUGAUGACCAUCGUUCGGCCACGACUUCAAGGAGCUUGCGAGGUUACUCUGGAGUGACCCAGGAGGCGUCAUUCAAGUCGGCUCUGUCGAGUGUUCGGGACCAAAUUGGCAAUUUCUUGAGUCGAUGAGUACUGACCAUUCCCAGUUACCAUUGAAAGGAGGCGAUCUAACAGUAGUUUCGU